AUGGAGAAUAGCCUCCACACCCAUUUUAACAACAUGGACGCAUAUUCCAAUUUAAUAGAAAUGGGCUUCACUCAUGAAGCAAUCGAAAUGGCACUUGAAGAAGGAUGCUCAACUACGGAAGAAGUUGUUGAUUUCCUCUGCAGACAACCUAGAAAUUUCAAACCCGGAACUCUACGCCUUCCAAGGUCGCGAAGAUCCCAAUUUGAUCGCCUUCCAUUUAUACCAUCAGAAGCACUUAUUGAUUUGCAGCCUGGUCCUAUUUCCUCAUUUUCUACAACCGAGAAUCGGGCGGAGGUGCCUGAAGAGGAACAUAUGGUUCGCUCCCGCUAUAGUCUUCGCAAACCAUCGCCAAAUAAACAACAGGCGGAGGCUAGCAAGCUGGCAGCAGAUUUGCGAAGGGAGAAACAGUUGGCCAUCGAAACGCGUCUUCGGAUUCGGAGAGAAAUUGAGGAGGAAAGGGCACUCAGAGCUCAGAAAGCAAAUGAACGUGAACAACAACCGGGUGACAAGCUAACAGUUCCCGCUGCAACGGACACUACCCAGGCUGCUUCUGUAUCCGAGACCUCCUCGCAACUCAAAAUUCGAGUUACCAUGCCAUCCCAUUGGCCCUCAUCUUCCUCCCCAUUGAUCGGUCAGUUUGAUCGAGCCAGCGCAACCCAGGCAGACCUGGAAAACUUUGUUCAGAAUCUUCUCAUGGGUAUUUCGACAGAUGAACACGAGCAAUUGACGUUGUGUCUUCCUUGCAUCCAUUUGUCCACCGUGGGGACACCACGACGUCAGUUGAACCAUGAAUCGACAAGGAACACCCGUCUGGUUGAUCUCGGUAUCAUCCAAAAUACCCGUGUACACGUAUCUCAUGACCCAGCGGAAUGUCCCGCAAGCCACGUAUCAGAGCCAGCUGCUGAACCGAUGGUGCUGUCUACCUCCCCUUCGAGACCGUCUAGUCCUGAGCCCACUUUACCACCAUCACAGACCCCAAAUCAAAUUCGUAUUCCGCCCCCACCUCCGCCGCCACCGCCACCACCACUCCAGAAUUCGAACUCAGGACCCAACUCCCAAAUCCCGCCUAGGAAUUCGCAUCCUCCAGGCAGAUCUGGUUCAGCUGCAAUCUGGCGCGCUUUACAACCACGACCACUGUUAGAUCCCCCCUUGACGGGAAUCUACAGACAUAAAGACAUUCCAAGUCUCCAUCGUCUCUGUCUCAAGUCAGUGGUUAGUCUGGUGGAGGCUGCGACAGAGGGUGGCAGUCGAUUUGACAUUCAUACCAAGUUGGAUCGGCUAACAGAGCUACGACAUCGUGGUGCGGUGACGGCUCUUCGCUUUCUCACUUCCGGCGUCUUUCCUCUGCCUCAAAAUCUUGGCGCUGAAAUUGUGACGAAACUUUGCGCCAACCUCACCUUCAACGUGGCAUCUGCUAGUCUACUGAAAAAUUUUAUUUGCAAUCUCAACCUCAAGCAUUAUAGCAUGGUGUCGAGUGAAUUGGUGACUACCCUUGUCAGAAAUUGGUUCUGUUUGACAAAUCUGGAUUUGGGUGGCCAGCUCAAUUACAUCAGUCCCUAUGCCAUUCAGGAAAUCGGCGAAUUGAAAAACCUUCGAGUUCUUUGUUUGGACGGAUCCAAUGGUGUCGAUAAUAACACAAUUAAUGCAAUCGCAACGCUUCCUAACUUGGAGGUCCUAAAAAUUUCGCGAACCAACGUCACCAACGAUGGUUGGCGGCAACUUGAAUCUCUGUAUGGAUUUGGAAGUCAGUCGGUCGCUCCAUUGCGUUGUCUGUCUGUUUCGGAUACCUAUUUACACGAUGUCGGUCUCUGUUCCAUUGUUAAACUCUUUCCAGGGCUACUAAAACUCGAAAUUGAUGGAACCAAGGUCAACGGCAUCGCGCCGGUCGUGAGUCGGGUGACUCCGUUGGCCCACCUUCGCUAUCUCAGUGUGAAUGCCACGAGCCUACUCUGCCUCCCGCCCUGUCUCCUUCCCCCACUCACAGUCAGUCGUAACGGUCUAACUCGGAUUGAUCUCCGUCACUGCUUUGACCUUCGAGUAGAAAAAUUUUUGGGUCAAAUAUUGGGUCAGCCAAUUGCCUACCUCAAUGGCUUUUUCAGCCACGAGAAAAUGUCUUUCCAGUGUCUUCAUUCCCUUGCUGAUCUACACCUUCCCCUCGCAGAGGUGGAUUUAACUGCAGUAAACAGAUAUAAGGAACUUUCACUGUUGCGUCUUUGUGGACUUUUGAAAGAGUUCACGACUCCUCAACUUUCCAGCCUCUUUCUACCAAGAGGAUCCAUUAGCAGUGUUGAAGAGGGCUCUCUCGACGAGUUGAUGGAGAGCCUGGCCUCGAUGAAAAAUCUACACUAUCUGGAUUUUGGGGAUCAGGCAGGGCUCCUAACGCCGCAACAGCUCUUCACAUUGGUUGGGCGUAUGCCUUCGCUCGGAUGUGUGGUCGCUCGAAAUUUGACAGCGGAACAGGAGAGCUGGUUGCAACGUGGCUUGCCGACACAGUGCCGUCUGAGGGUUCAGAAACACACGAUUAUCGACAGUGGAAAUAACUUGGCCGUCUUCAGUGGCAAUGACUAUCACCAAGCCAGUUCGUCAUUCUCCCAACGCAAAGACAAACCCCUGACGACCUUCCAUCCCAACCUUUGUAUCAGCCUUUCCCGUCGUGUUACCUGGCUUAGCGUGAAUUGUUCUGGCAGCCUCCUCCUUCUUGCCUAUGGCUCCUCUAUCCAACUGCUCAACAUUCAACUGCUGUCUGCUCAAUCUCCCCACGGUCUUCUUGGAGACACUUUGGAUAUUCCCAACGCGGAAGGGACCAUUCGAGAUAUGGCAUGGAAUCCUGCGGAUAAGCACCGAUUUGCCCUAGUUACGACCGCUGGUUCUGUCCGCAUGUUCUCAGUAAACCCGCUACAGAAGCCUCAUAUCAAUUCAGUGGGAUGUUUACCUGCUUCGGUUAAUGCACGAUGCCUUUCGUGGAGUCCUAAGGGCAAGCAGCUAGCGUUGACGCUGACUGGCACUCUUUCAGAGUCAACAGCAGCGGCUGCGGCGACCAAUUCCACCUCUAUCGUGCAGGUGGAUCACGACCUUAAGGUAAAGCGGGUCAUUCCCAUCGAUGCACUGCUUAAGGAGCAUCUCGAAGACCUCACCGAACCCCGACCAAUCGACAUUCUGUGGACCUCCUCCUAUUGCUUCCUUUUGGGUGUGACGGACGCCGCUUCGGCAAAAGAGAUGCGCCUCGUCUUCAUAACAGUUCUGCCUAAAUCGGAGCCACGGUUGGGAAAACUGCCUGAGUUCACGAGUUUUGGUGGUGGGCUCUGCCGUUACCUGAUGUGUCUUGUACCCAAUUCCACCACACUGGCAACGGUGACGUGGUUACCUGAUGCAGAAGAGUGCUACCUCCUUGACGUUCCCUCCAUUACGGCGUCAAAUGGAAGUCCACCUGCCGAUAGUCUUCCAAAGCUGAUUAAACCACUUCCCCUCCCCACUGAUAGCUAUCCAAUCGCGAUGCAUGUGGGUGCCCUGCUUGAUUCACCGGAUCCCCUGCCCCUCAUUAUCGGUUUGUUGGCGAACGGGGCUGUUUUUGCUUUCAAAAUUCUUCCUGCAAGGAUUUCUCAAGCAGAGGGUUCAUGUAACGUCUUCGCGGGCUUUCGAAUGUGGUGCGGAUCAGCUGACAAACCUCCACAGCUACCAUCCGGUAACAGUGGUCAUGACCUCAAUUUUGAAUAUACUGAUGGAUUACUGCUUUUAGAUGGAACGGUGGCCAAGACAACUUCAGUGGUAGCAACAAAAUCAGGGGCUACAACAACCAAUUCGGCAACGCUGUUCCCUGCCACUGCCUUUGGAUCGCUCUUUGGAAAAGCAGCUACCACUGCUUCAUCAACGCCUACCGUUGCAACAGACUCCUCUGUUGUGUCGUGGUUCGAAAAACCUGCCACUAUCAAUUUAGGCACACCAUCGGGGUUCAUCAACAAGACAUCUCCCAAAACGCCCUCUGGAAAGCCUGCUGCCACCGGCAACCCAUCUGCUACUUCGACCGUUACCACUGCUGCAACCAGAGGCGUCAAGCCCACCAAUACAGCUGUCGCCAACCAUCCGCCUCUCGAUACUGGUGAGAACCCAACUGCAGAGCCGUCUGCACCAACUCAGUCAAUAAUGGAGGCGGCCAACCACUUUUGGAAGGCGCUGAGAUCACAAGCAGAGACCUCGGCGCGUGCAUGGAGCCACCUGCAGUCUGUAUUCGAGGGGAAUUCAUUAAAUCUUCAGCAGAAGGGCGAUGAGGUUGGAGUGAGGCGGGGAGUGUGGGACAUUGAGCAGAGUCUCAACAACAUGGACGAUUUUUUGUGUGUUGUGGAGGAGAUCACUACAGAGCUUCGGAAGGCCUCUCAACUCUCUGUAAAUGAGCAGGCUGCUUCCGCGGACUAUUUGGAUCGUCUGAGUGCCGAUUUUGAUGCUUUUCGCCACCGCAUUAGUGAUAAGCAUCGAGUCAUCGUUGCCGCAGGACUGGAUCCCGGAGCCGCGGCUACGUUAGCCUCGCUUCGGCGCAAAUCUCGUGCAGCCGAGAGCUUUUUAGCUGAACUUGAGGAUCAGGUGGAGAGUCUUUCCGCCCAGUUGGACGCUCGAAACGAGCGAAAUAAUCGGUUGAUGAGCGGGAGUAAAUUGAGCUUGCCCAUGGGUGACGUUGGAAGUCCAUUGGACAAGAUUCAAGCAACCAUCGCCACGAACGCGCGUCUCAUCAAGUGUGAACGCUAUCGACUAGAACUUAUAGCUCGCAUGGCUGGAAUAUCUCUUUCUGACUGUUCGGCCAAUAAAUGGAGAAAUACCUCCACGUUGGCCCCUUCGUUAGGCGGUUCCGCAAUUAGUGUGGACCGUGAGCAGAAGGAUGCCCGACUCUAUCGUCUGCUGUGUGGCGGAGACAGGUGCAAGACGAAGACAAGAGCGGGGAAAAGUACUGGGCCGGAACGACUUCCAGUGGCCAAGGCAUCGUCGACAGUGGCGGAAGUGGUGGAGUUGAUGCGGAAGGAAAGGGAGAAGGAGGAUGCUCAACCACCGAAGUCGACACCAAAAUCUGCUGGCAGGAUACCACUGAAACCAUCAGGAUCGUCGAGUUCUCCCAAGGCUGCAUCGCAGAUGAAUUUGCCUGGUCAGCAGAAGAAUCUUGAAAUUUCCAAACUUCUCGUUUCUGCCGCUUCAGUUCCACCUGUUACACUGGCGAGUGGCUACCCCACUUCAAAGGCCAAUGGAUUCAGUUUCGCCACAGCAACAGAGAACAUUCUCACAUCUACUCCUGUUCAGAAGGUCACCGAGAAAUCACAGCCUCCCAAAGUUGCUGUUUUUUGUCUUUCCACGAAAGUGCUUCCUAUGGGCAAAUCAGAGGCACCUUUGGCCGCACCAAGUUUAGUCGGCGGUGCCGUGCCAGUAACAUCCUCUCAAAAACCACCCUUCUCCGGAGUGGCACCUUUGUCGAAAUCACCUAUGUUUACUCCCUCUGCAUCAAAGUCGCUCACCUCGCCCACUCGUGUAACCCCUACAGCGUCACCUACUACAAAGGUGUUCGGAGCUCCGAUUGGCGAUUUGGGCGUGGAAAACUUUAAACCGCUCUCCUCGAGGCUUCCAUCGCCAACGAACGUUCCAGAUGCAGCUUCAACUGGUGUGUGUGCUGUUUCUGUGUCGCGGAAAUCUCCCCCUUUCACAUCGCCUUCCAUCCCAACCGCUGCUCAAACUUCCGCAACCACCACCGCUUAUUCUACCACAAAUUUGGAUGCUGCAAGCAGAAGUACAGUUGUCACCACUGCUGCGACCAGUCAGCCAAAUCAAGUAUUCGGGAACGUUGUUGUGGCUACUACUACUACUGGUGCUGCCGUUAGUCAACCUAGCCAAGUACUUGGGACCACUGUUUCUACUGUUGCUGCUGUCGCUGCUUCUAGCGAAUCCGGGCACAUGUCUGGGACCGCUGUUGCCACUACUGCUGCCGCCACUCAACCGGGCAAAUUGUUUGGGACCACCAGCGUUGCCACUGUCUCCACUAGUCAACCAAAUCCAGUCUUCGGAACCACCGUUACUACGACAGCACCAAGUACCUCACCGAUUCAAGUUUUUGGAAGUGCUGUUGCUACAACUGCUGAUAGUCAGCCAGGCCGAGGGUUUGGUGAGUGUCCUCUCACUUCCACCAACGCCUUGUCCAUUUCCGACACAAAUCUGAUGGCAGUUUGUCCUCACUUUGUAGGUCAAUCAUCCGCCACUGCAUCAACUCAACCAGUCGUGGCACUUUUUGGCCAGUUCGCCUCUCCCGCCUCUGCUCAAGGUGGUGGCUUGUUCGGCCAACCCGCUACUCCCACUUCCACACAAGCUGGUAAUGUAUUCGGUCAGUCUCCAGCUCCUGCCACUGCUCAGACUGGUAACUUGUCUGCUCAAUCCGGCCAAACUGGAGGAGGUUUAUUUGGAUCACCUGUUACCACGAAUGGGCAAUCUACUGGUUUAUUUGGUAUGCCCACAACUCUUCCAUCACUUGUAUAUCGAAAUUGUCUCGGUGAAAUUUUGCCCCUUUUCCACCUAGGUCAGUCUCCUGUCCCCACAUCUAGUCAGUCAGGUGGAUUAUUUGGCCAACCAGCAGCUGGCCCUGCGGCUCCAACUGGUGGACUAUUUGGUCAUACUGCAACUGUCACUGCACCCCCAACUGGUGGACUGUUCGGUCAGUUACCUGCCAGCAAUGCACCUGCAUCUGGUGGAUUGUUUGGUCAACUCUCCACCGCUCCCACUGGACAAGCAGGUGGACUAUUUGGCAACACUUCAACAAAUGGGGGAGGAGUAAGCAAUCUCUUCGCCUCUUCCAAACUCGCAGAAGGCAGCACUGGUACACUUUUUGGUACCUCAGCUACUGCCUCCACCACAACCAUCACCACUACCAAUGCGGCCUCAUCUUCUCUCCAGCUCGUCUCCAAUGUUAGCAACCUCUUCGCAAUGUCCAACUUCGGACUGGGCUUGACAUCCAAGUCAGAUUCCACUACCAAUGCCAACGUCUUUGGCAAACCCUCCACUGCGGAAGCCCCCUCAACCUUGAAUACCACUAAUUUUCCCGCACGGAACCUCUUUGGUUCUUCACUAUCUCCUUCUGCACCUGUAAACCUCACUGCAACAGCAAAAGCGGGUGGUUUGUUUGGCCCUUCAACACUAAGCAGUAGCAGUGGUGGAGGUCUUUUCUCCAAUCAGACGACUGCUGCUGCAAUCCCCACCACCACCAGCAGCAGCAGUGUUGUUGGCGGUGGUGUUGGUGGUCUGUUCAGUGGAAGUGGUGGACUUUUCAGCAACCCUUCUUCUGCCACGGCCGGUGGUCCGCUCUUUGGUGGACCUGCGUUCGGCAGUAGUGGUGGUAGCCCUGGAGGGUUGUUCUCCUCCUCCAGCGUUGGUAGCGGUGGUAGUGGUGGUGGAUUGUUUGGCUCGCCUUCGACCUCGUCUCCUGCAGCAGGUGGAUUCGGUGGCGCGCCGAGUUUCGGAGCUCCCGCAGUGUUUGGGGGAAGCCCAUUUGGAGGAAUGGUUGGAGCUGGCAAUCCUUCAACUGGUGCCACUGCUGGCGCUGGUGGCGGAGCUGGCGGCCUUUUUGCUUCUCUGGGAAGCUCCUCGGGUGGGGUUAGUUUCGGAGGCCUCGCAAACUCUGCAGCUCAAGCACCGACCACUCCCAUCUUUGGAGAUGAGACUGUGAUUACAUUGGUGCUCGAGGCAUCGGAGACCACUUCAACGAAGAAGAGUAAGAGAUUGAAGAAGGAAGUAGAGAGUGAGGAUGAUCAUGAGGAGGUGGACACUCCACCGGAUUUUUACUUGAAAUCUGCCAAAUACUGGAGCGGCGUGGACGCGACAGUGAAUGGGAUGCUGGGUGGUCUGAGCCGGGUGCAUCGACCCGACAUUGCUGGCUCGAAGUCUAUCCUCGCCCGCUUUGGUCCGAGUCUGCGAGAGUGUGCAUUGGACUGCGGAGCAGGCAUCGGACGCAUCACAAAGCACCUUCUGCUGCCCCACUUCACUACCGUAGAUAUGGUGGAGAUGACAGGCAAGUUCCUCGAUGCCUCCUCAGCCUACAUCGGUCGGCCCAAUGCGGACCGUGUUGGCAACCGAUUUUGCUGUGCGUUGCAGGAUUUCACUCCGCCAGAGGGACGCUACGAUAUAAUUUGGGUGCAAUGGGUUAUCGGAUAUCUGACACUGUCUGCAACAGUCGAAUUUCUUCGUCGCUGCGUGGCCGGACUGCGACCGUGCGACUCCACAGCCACAGGUACAGCCACAGACCCAGUGGGUCAAUCAGUAAUUGUGCUGAAGGACAAUGUUUUUCCAGGUGCGAAGUCAGACUUCGAUGAGGUGGACAGCAGUUUUAUGCGAACGCAUGACGAGCUGUUGGAGGUAUUUCGGAAGGCGAGACUUCGAGUGCUGCUGGAUGAGAGGCAGACAAACAUGCCAUCCUACAUUUGUCCGAUUUAUGCCUUUGUACUAGUUCCUCAGGACGAGUAG